AAACAAAUUGUCUUUGAUUUAUAUUUAAAUUAGUAGAAUUACCGUUUGCAUGCAUUUUUUACUAAACUAGUUUAUAAAUAGCUGGAAACAAAAGAAAAAAAUAACGAAUUUUUUAUAAAUUGAUGAUUGAAAAGGAAAAUACAACGUAAAAUUUGCCAAGUUUGUAAACAAUAAAAAUUUAUCUAUUCAAUAUAAAGUUAUAAUAAAUAAAUUGAUAACUAUGGGAUCUCGAGUUCGUGAUAUUAGUCAUUUUAUGAGAGAUGUUUUUAAAACUGCACAAAGUUCAAAGAAUUGUGAAAAACUCUUAAGAGACGUGCAUUUUAAGACUGCCAAUAAUGGUUAUUGUUCGGCAGAAUUAACACUUUCAGAGAGACAUUUAAACGAAGAUGGAAUUCUUAAUUCUCGUAUUAUUGCUAAUUUAAUUGAACGUAUGACAACUUUUGCUUUAAUGUCUUACAAUAAUAAAAUUUGCGGAAAUACAAUAAAUACAAAUAUUCAAUUUUUGAGUCCAGUUGAUCUUGAUAGCAAUCUCAUAAUAGACUCUCAUGUUUUGAAAGUAAAUGAUCCUGUUGGUCACGUGGAAUCUCAAUUGUGGACUAAUGAAGGUCGUUUGAUUGCCCUUGGACAAAGUAUUAAAUACCUAAAAAAUAUCCCGGCACCGGAAGAUAAAAAAAGGAAAAGAACAAUUCGAAUUGUUCAAUCCAAUUUUUAAAAAAACAAUUGACAAGAAAAAAUUGAAAACUAGCAAAUUAUAACCAAAAAUGACAAAAAUUUAUUCAUCGCUUUUUAUUAAACGAAAAAAUAAACGUUUUAAAAAUAUUUUUUAAAUUUCUAAAUUAAUGGUCUUGAAUUCUUUACAUAUAAAACUAAUUUACAAUUAAAUAUUCUUCAUUUUCGGAUCAAUAAAUUUAUAAAUCAAUGGCUAAUCAUCCGGUUCAUUAUUCCGUUUUUGAAUUCUUUGAUAGGGCAAGAAGAACAAAAACUUUUGCUAGACUUCUAAACAAAGUAUCUGUAAUUGAAGCUCAAAAUGGAAAUUGUCUUGCUCAUUAUACAGUCACUGAAGAAGAGACAAAUGCAGGCGGAGUCCUACAUCCUGGAUUUAUUGCUUUUUUAAUGAACUCCAUUACUCAUUGCUCUAAAAUAACAAGUAAUGUUUCUCAUCCAGCAAAAGACGAACCUCUCUUUUUAAAUAUUCAAUAAAAUUAAUUCCUUCUGAGCCAGAAAGUAUAAGAGCAGAAUUUACAGUUUGUACGGAACACACGGAUAUUGACAAGAAACUUGAUUUUGGAUUUCUUUCGUUUUUAAUAACAGCUAUAUCGAAUCACGCCUUAAUCAUGAAUAAACAAUAUUUUGGAAGUACAAAAAAUUUAAGUGUCCAGUGUUUUAAACCAUCGUUUCCUGGACAACUACUGACAAUAGAAGCGAGAACAGUAGGAAUUAUAUCAGACUAUAUUGCUCAAAUGGAGGCUGAAAUUACAGAUAAAGAUGGUGAACUUGUCGCUUCUGGUCAAUCAACUAUAAAUAUG